CGCUGCACCGGUCCCCCAUAGAGCCUCCCGUUGCUGUAGGCCUCGAACCCAAUACGGCUCCGCUCGCUCGUGUCGCCCAAGGCCCAGACCGGGAUGCGGCUGCUGAGAGGCGGGCUCGGCUUCCUGCUGCGGCCGGGGCUGUGCCGUGGGCCCGACCGGCCCCUCUACCAGCAGGGCCAGAGCCCCUCGCCCCGCACCCGCGAGUACUUCUACUAUGUCGACCACCAGGGCCAGCUGUUCCUGGAUGACACCAAGGUCAAGAACUUCAUCACCUGCUUCAAAGAUAAGCAGUUCCUGGCGUUCUUCUUCAAGCAACUCAAGGUUAACCAGAGCGGGCGCUACGAGGACACCUUCCCCUACCUCUCCCCCUGCGGCCGUGAGCACAACUACAUCCGCUGUGACGACCGGCCCGUCGUCUUCACCCACCUCCUGCAGGGCGCCUCCGGCGAGGAGCUCCUGUCCUACUGCGGCGGCGCAGAAAGACUGACCGUGCCCUUCCGGCCCGAGAAGCUGCUGAUGCUCCCGGAGAACGGGCGCGUCUACCACCCCGGCCCAGAAAAGGCGGGCGGCGUGGGGCUGGUGAAAUCCGCCCUGGCCUAUGAGCUGAGCCCCAAUUUUGAGUACGAGCAGGGACCCAGCCAGCCCCCCACCCAUUUUCACUGGCGGGACCAGCGCCACACCCUCACUAAUGAACUGCUGCCGUUCAUCCGAGACCGGGAGGAGGAGAAGGGGGCCUAGAGGCAGUGCUCGCGCGGGUUCCCUUUGACAACCCGCGGGUGACCUGCUGCCUUAAUCACGUGGAAACCAUUGUCACCCACCUGUGCGGUCACUACAGCCAUAAUCCCAGGUUCAUCCGAGCAGCCAGCAGAACGUUUUCGUUCCAAGGCAGCUAAUAGUCUGUUAGAAUGUGGCUGUUCCGAAUCUUACGAGAUCCACUCGAGCGUUUGUGGGAUUUUGUGUGAGGCUUGGUGGGUCUUGUCAGUAGUUCUGGAAGCGGGACCAUCAAAGACCAUUCCGCCCCUUCCCAACUGAGAACCGAUGGAGCCAGGCCAUGGGGCACUGCUGACCAGCGGUCCCAGCAGGACACACCCCUCUCGGCCUUACUCGCUUGCAACGAUGCUGGGGUACCUACCGACCGGUACCACAGUAAAGCUGGCGCUGUCCCUUGGGAU